AUGGACAAAAUCAGGAGCGUUUUGAAACAUCGUGGUGGUGAUUCUUCUAGCUCUGACCCAGCAUACGGCACUGGUGUCCACGACUUGAAUGAAAAGGGCGCUGCUCAAGUGCAGCAAGAAGUAACCAGCAUCGAUUUUGAAGCAGACAGAAAGCAAGAACCAGACUUGGAAUUGGUGGCAUCGAAAUCACAGGAAUUCGACCCAGUCUCUUCUCGCAUGAUCCAAGACAUUAUUGAUGAUGAUUACGCCGGUAUCCAUGUGGAAGACGAUUCUCCAUACCCAGAAGUCAGAGCUGCUGUGCCAAGUACCGAUGACUUUGAAAUGCCCCAAGCAACCAUUAGAGGAUGGACCUUGGGUUUGAUCUUGACAACCAUUGGUUCAGCAAUGAACAUGUACUUUUCGCUUCACGCACCAACAAUCACAAUCACAACAAUGGUUACCUCGAUCUUGGCUUACCCCAUGGGUAGGUUCUGGGCAUGGGGUAUGCCAAACUGGAAAAUCUUUGGUCUCCCAUUAAACCCUGGUCCUUUCAACAUCAAGGAACACGCAAUUAUUACCAUUAUGGCUAAUGCCUCUUUCAAUGGUGGUGCAGCUUAUGCAACAGAUAUCUUGGUCUCGAUGAACAAGUUUUACAAUAUUGAUUUCGGUGUCGGUUUUGCCCUUGUUGCUAUCCUUUCAACAAAUAUGAUUGGGUUCUCCAUGGGUGGUUUAAUUAGAAAAUUUGUCGUUGAAAGUCCCUCGGCUAUUUGGCCACAAAAUUUGGUCACUUGUACAUUUUUAACAAAUAUGCACAUUAACGAAAACCAUCCUGCCAACGGCUGGAAAAUCUCCCGUUUGUGGUUUUUCUUGAUUGCAUUCAUUGCUAGUUUCUUAUACUAUUGGUUCCCAGGAUAUAUCUGGACUGGUCUUUCAUACUUUAGUUGGAUCUGUUGGAUUAAGCCAAACAAUGUGGUUAUUAACCAAGUCUUUGGAUCCUCUUCGGGUUUGGGAAUGAUUCCAAACAUGGUUGCCUUGGACUGGAACCAAAUUGCUGGUUACGUUGGCUCUCCAUUGAUUCCACCAGCAGGAACAAUUGCCACGAUUUUUGUCUCCAUGGUUGUUAUUUUCUGGAUUAUUGUUCCAGCAAUCUCAUUCUCAAACACAUGGUACGGUGACUACUUGCCAAUCUCCUCUUCGGGUUCAUUUGACAGAUAUCAGCAGACUUAUAAUGUGAGUAGAAUUGUUGACCCAAAGACAUUAAGUUUCAAUGAAGCAGAGUACAAGAAAUACUCACCAUUGUUCUUGUCCACUACUUUUGCCAUAUCAUAUGGUUUAUCAUUUGCAUCAAUGACUGCUACCAUUGUUCACACCAUCUUGUUCCACGGACAAGAAAUGAUUGACCAAUUUAGAGUCCAGGAAAGACCCGAUGUCCACAACAGAUUAAUGUCACGUUACAAAAGGGUUCCCGAAUGGUGGUUUCUUAUUUCCUUUUUGAUUUUCUUUGCAUUAUCAAUUGUUACUAUUAGGUGCUGGAACACUGAAAUGCCAGUUUGGUGUUUGAUUAUUGCUCUUGGUAUUGCACUCUUUUUCUUGUUGCCAGUUGCAAUUAUCUAUGCAAGAACAAACAUUGCUGUUGGUUUGAAUGUCAUUACCGAAUUCAUUAUUGGUUACAUGUUACCAGGUAAACCAAUUGCCAUGAUGUUCUUCAAGACAUUUGGUUACAUCACCAAUAACCAAGCAGUCACUUUUGCUCAAGAUAUGAAGUUGGGCCACUACAUGAAGAUUUCACCAACAAACUUGUUCUUUUCCCAAUUUGUUGCUGCUAUUUGGUCCUGUUUUGUUCAAAUUGCGGUUAUGAGAUGGGCUUACGGUGCAGUUGAUGGAUUGUGUACUCCAGAACAAGCUUCUAGUUUCACUUGUCCUGGUGCAAAGGUGUUUUUCAAUGCCUCCAUUAUCUGGGGUGUUAUUGGCCCACAACGUCAAUUCUCCAGUGGACAAAUGUACUAUGGAUUGUUAUUCUUCUUUAUUGUUGGUGCCGUGCUUCCAAUAAUCAACUGGUUGAUCUUGAGAAAAUGGCCAAACAGUUUAGUCAAGUACUUGCACUGGCCAGUCUUCUUUUCCGGUACCGGACUUAUUCCACCAGCAACCCCAUACAACUAUACUUCAUACUGUAUGGUUGGUUUGUUCUUUGGAUGGUUUAUCAAGAGAAAGUACUUCCACUGGUGGACAAAGUACAACUACUCUUUAUCAGCCGGUUUGGAUAUUGGUUUGGCCUGGAGUUCUUUGAUCUUGUCAUUGGCCUUGGGCUUGACAUUGACUAACUUCCCAUCUUGGUGGGGUAAUAAUGUUGUUGAAGGCACAGUGGAUUACCAAGUUACCACGAAUAUCAGAAAAUUAUUAGCUGAAGGUGAAUCAUUUGGUCCUUCAAGCUGGUAA